UUUUGGAAGUCUCCUCUGAGGAGUGGUGUUUGGACGAAGCCUCCGCGCUUCCCGCCAGGACUGGGCAGCGGACCCGAUGGCUUGGGACGUCCAGGCCUGUGUGUAGCUUUGUUGAGGUGGCUGUGAGGCCACCUGUUGGGUGGCUCUGGGCUAAGGGUUGGAGAUGGUCUGUCUCUUGCAGGUGACCUGUCUGCACACCCUGGGCUACCCCCCAGCCCAGAGGCAGGGUCUGCACGUGACCAGUGUCUCCUGGAACACCACCGGCUCUGUGGUGGCCUGUGCCUACGGCCGGCUGGACGACGGGGACUGGGGCACACUCAAGUCCUUCGUGUGUGCCUGGAACCUGGACAGGCGAGGCUUGAACCCCCGGCAGCCGUCGGCCGUGGUGGAGGUGCCCAGCGCCGUCAUGUGCCUGGCCUUCCACCCCACGCAGCCGUCCCACGUUGCAGGUGGGCUGUUCAGCGGCGAGGUGCUCGUGUGGGACAUUAGCCAUCCCGAGGACCCGCUGCUCUGGCGAACGGGCCUGACUGACGACACACACACAGACCCCGUGUACCAGGUGCUUUGGCGGCCCGAGCCCCGGCACGGCCACCGCUUCCAGGUGCUGAGCGUGGCCACGGACGGGAGGGUGCUGCUCUGGCAGGGCGUCGGCGCGGGCCGGCUGCAGCUGACCGAGGGCUUCGCCCUGGCCGUGCAGCAGCUCCCGAGGCACACCAGGCUGAAGAAGCCUCCCCGGGGAGAGACCGAGGUGGGUGCCACGGCGGUGGCCUUCUCCAGCUUUGACCCCAGCCUUUUUGUUCUGGGCACGGAAGGCGGCUUCCCACUCCAGUGCUCGCUGGCCGCGGAAGAGGCCGCCCUCACCCGGACGCCUAGCUCUGUGCCCCUGCGGGCCCCGGCACAGCUGACCUUCUCCCCCCACGGUGGCCCCAUCUACUCCGUGAGCUGUUCCCCCUUCCACAGGAAUCUCUUCCUGAGCGCGGGGACCGACGGCCACAUCCACCUGUACUCCACGUUGCAGGCCCAGCCCCUGGCCUCGCUGCAGCUGUCCCACAAGUACCUGUUUGCUGUGCGCUGGUCCCCAGUGCGCCCUUUGGUGUUUGCAGCUGCUUCGGGGGAAGGUGAUGUGCAGCUGUUUGAUCUCCAGAAAAGCUCCCAGAAACCCACGGUUUCAAUCAAGCAAACCCAGGAUGCAAGCCCGGUCUACUGUCUGGAAUUUAAUCGGCAGCAGACUCAGCUCCUGGCUGCUGGUGACGCCGAGGGCACAGUAAAGGUGUGGCAGCUGAGCACUGAGUUCACGGAACAAGGACCCCGGGAGUCCGAGGACUUGGCACGGCUGGCAGCCGAGGUGGCCACCUGAGGACAGUGAAGCGACAGCAGGGCCCUGUGGGUGGGGGCGGAGUGUCCCCAGAUCGGGGGGCAGGUGGGGUGAGGCCACACCUGUGCCAAGCUGUGGAUGUCUCGUGGAAGCUGAAUGAAGACAACACAAGCGUC